AUGAAGCGAAUGAUUUCUUCUACACAAAAUAAUCGAGAUGUUCCAGCAUCACAAUCGAAACGUAUUCGAGGAGAUAUAACCAUCCGACAAGAUGCCCACAGUUUUGAUACAGUUGAUAAUCAUCAUGGAAUUAAAAGUCAAAAGAAACCAUCGAAAAACGAUUCUCAAUAUGCUAAAAAGAAUCUGACUAGUGGUGAAUCUGACCGUGAGAAUGAUUAUAAUAUUACAACAUCUACGCCUACACCAACUGCAUCCACUAUUUCAUUUCCAUCAUCAUCAUCAUCAUCAUCAUCAAAAGGUUUAUCAGCAGUAACUAAUCAGAAAGGAACAACUGAACGUAAUGCAAUUCAGCCGUUGAAGUUAUCAGAUAAACCUAGUAGUUCUCUCCAUUCACGAACCAGUUCAUCCAGAACAACAUUGCCAAAAGGAAAUACGAAAACAAAUUCAGCAAAUCUGAAAUCAACUGAUAGUACUGAUCGAAAUGUAGAAUAUUCAAAUUCGCAAGUUGUACAAGCAUUUACAUUGACAAAUAAUAAUUCAACAACUAAUAAACAAAGAUCCAACUUGAGCUCCGCCUUCAAUUGUAGUGCAACAUCUCAUCGGUCCUCAAGUUCUUUAUCCCGUCAUGAUUUAAAUAGCUCAAGAUCAAUAGACUUUCCGACUAAUUCAUUAAUCGAAGGAUCAAUGGAAUAUCGAGAAUUAAAACGAUUACAUGCACAAGAGAAGAAUUUAGUCGAGAAAUGGAGAAAAGAUUAUCAAGUUCUUAAAACACAAUUGAAUUAUGUGACAUCAAAUUCAAUACCACGACCAACGGUUGCUGUUGUUGAGUGGCUUGAGGAAUUGUUCAAUCUGAUGAAAGAUAACAAGGCAUUUUCUGGUGAUGGAAGAACAUUGGAUGAUAUUGGUACAGAAAUAGGUCUUGAUCCCGCAGAUCUUGUUACCGUGCAAGCACGGACUCCACAAAAGUCCGCAUUGAAAAUAUUCAGGUUGUUAUAUCCGACAAUUGGAAGUCGAGCUGCCUGUGGUUCUAUUUUAAGAAUUUCAAAAGAAGAAUUAGAAAACAUAUACACCUAUGUUCGUAUGCUACAUCCAAAUCUAACAUUCCACAUGUCCGAUAUGAAAAAUGCCAUUGGUACAUCUAUUCGUAGUGCUCGGAGUAAGUUAAGGAGGAGUGGUCAAUAUCAUCAACAACAUUUGGAUAUGAUGGGAAACGAUGAGAAUGUUGAUCCCGAUGAACGAAAUGAAACAAUUGACGAUGUGUCAAACGAUGACAAUAAUGAAGAUGACGAUGUUGAAGAAGAAGAAAGUGAUGGUGAAAAUGGAAAUGACAGCGGUGUUGGCCAUGUGGCUAUUGAUGAUUAUAUCGACGAAGCCGCGGAUGAUGAAUAA